AUGGGUAAUUCAUUAACCAGUGCAAGUGUCCUAGCAGCAAGCGUUAUUACACAUGAAGAUAAAAUUAAUGCAUCAAAACACAGCAAUUAUGUGCAUAAAUCAUUUGAAGGUACUCCACCACCAGAAUGUCCUAUGCAUCAAUCUGGUGAUAAGAAACCUCCAAAAUAUACCAGUGAAUGUCCCAUGCCUAAAGCAAAUCAAAAUCCAGCACCAGACCAGCCGUUCCCUUUACCUACGGACCGGCAAGUUUCGUCGAUACCUAGACCUUCGGAACAAGAACCCUUUUGGGUGUAUCCAUCUCAGCAAAUGUUUUGGAACGCUAUGCUGAGAAAAGGUUGGCGCUGGAGGGAUGAAGAUAUUGAGCCGAAAGACAUGGAACACAUUAUUAGAAUUCACAACGCUAAUAAUGAACAAGCUUGGCAAGAGGUACUUAAAUGGGAGGCACUUCAUGCUCGAGAAUGUGGUACGCCCAAGUUGAAAAGUUUUGGAGGCAAAGCCUCUCAUUACUCUCCUCGAGCAAGAAUUCGUCAACUGAUGGGAUAUGAAUUACCUUUCGAUCGUCACGACUGGAUCGUUGACCGAUGUGGAAAAGAUGUACGAUAUGUUAUUGAUUAUUAUGACGGUGGUAUGGUUGAUGCAAAAUAUAAAUUUGCAUUGCUCGAUGUUAGGCCAGCUAUGGAUUCAUUUGACAAUAUUUGGGAUCGCAUGAGAGUUGCCUACUACCGUUGGCGUUUUGAAAAUAGUGAUUCAGGGAAUGAGUCAUCAACAAUUUCAUAA